AUGGAGUAAGUUGAUUACGAAGAGCUUCUUAAACGAUUUCGAUAUUCUUACGUUAAGCCAAAUGCUUAACUAAGACAAUAUUUAUAAUCUCUGCCUUCUGACUAGUAUCCUGAAUUGUUUCAAAAGAUUGAAAACUUGAAUUAUGAUGCUUUCAAAAUCAAGAGGUUGUUGAGAAUGCUCAAGAAGCCACAUUAGGUACCUCAGUACUUCGAUUUGAAAUUAAGGAAUAAGUUGAGAAUCAACGAGAAUGUGCCUCAUGAGGUCGUUGACUUCAAUAAGAAACACACAUUAAUUUUAACAUCCCAACAACAAGGAUAAUAAUUAUUCGACAAACUAAAGGAAGAGUUUUUUGUUGAUUCCAAAAACAGAAAGAGUGGUAUGUCUAUUUUCAUUCUAUUAAAGAUUCACUCACUUUCAAGCAUCAAUUCUACAAGGCUUUACAGGAUAAUCUGACUAAUUAGUGUAUUGAAUAAUGUCUUCGUUUACUUAAGAGAUCCGAAUAAAAUAUGGAUACCUUAUAAAUCGUACUAGCUGAAUUAGUUAACACAGAAUAUGAUAUUACUCCAUUAUUAGGAGCAAUUCAUAAUGCAUUGACUGAAUUUAUUAAAAAUGACUUAUCAAUCACAUGUCUAAAAUUAGCACAUUCUUGUGUAAAAGGUGAUUUAACUAAUGCAGUUUAAUUUGUGGCUAAAAUGAUCUAAGGAACUCAUGAUGAGAAUAGGAAAUUCGCCUUUCUUGCCACUCUUCCUCAUAAAUGCGAAAAGUAAGUGGAAAUCAUCUAUAAUUUGGCUGCAAUUCUGAAUGAUGACUAAAAAGUAUUCGAUUUGGUCGCAAGAAUGAGAGAUCUUUAAGUUCCCCUAGGUAAUUGGGCUCAUCUAAAGAAGUUAUUAAGCAUCAAUAAGCAUACUAAUGCCUUUGUUUCAUUGUUGGUCGUGGAUUGGUUAUUGGAAAAGAAAUAGGAAUCAAAUAGUAAGGAUUUAGAGUCAAUCAUGGAAUAAAUUGUUAAUGGAUUAGCUACUAAUGUAAAUCAAUAUAAUCGAUAUUGUUUAGUUUAAGAAUUUUGCCAAAGUAGUUACUCAACCAGUUAUGUUCUUGGCUUAAUUGAAAUGCGUAGUCCUGUAUGCACUCUUUUGUGAAGAUGAUGCUCCAGCCAAAUUGAUGAUCACUAUCAAUGAGAAUCUGAAUAAGAAUACUGAUAUCUUCAAUCCAAAGAGUCAUUUGUGUUAAUUAAAGUAUCUGAUAGCACCAUCCUGUUAAAACGAGAGUCAAUUAUUCUUGGAUUGUUUGUUUAUGUAUUAGGCAAUCACAUAUGAUGAGAAUGAUCAAUUCAAUUAUCUAUUGCCAUUGAUCAUCUUGAUCGCAUUCAGUGGCAAGGUUAAGAAUAGUGUGAAUGUUAAGUCAUCUCUUGAGUUGUUAACCCUAUUCUAAGCAAUCGACAUCAACAUACUUUACAACAAAAUAUUUAAGACCUUACAUGAAUUUCUGUAUUAAGUCAACCCAUACUAAGGAGAAGCAAUCAAUUUCAGAAAGGACAGAUUGAUACAUUUCGUUAGAUUGAUCGUGGUUCAACUUGGGAACACUCUAAUUGAAUCACCAAAAUACAUUUACACUACCUUUUCUCAUACAUUUAUUUCUUAAUUGUAGUAUAAGUUACCCAAAUAUGAAAUCGAAGUGAAUCCCAUCAGUUGGUUCACUAAUCGCGGAUUAAUGAGCAAUAAUCCAUACACUGUUCAAUCUAUAAUUAAUUAUUGCAGACUCCUGGUUGAAUAAGGAUAUGUCGAUCAAAUUGUUCAACCCAUUGAAGAAUGGUUGAAUCCAUCCAACAUUAAUAAAUUAAAUAGUUUAGAUCAUCUAGAUGAAUAAUUGGAAUAAUUGGAAGUCGAAUAAUACGAUCAUACUAUUUUAUAGCAAAGUGGAUUGAAGUGGAUGACUGACGACAAACCUGUGGAUGAGGCAGAAUUGCAAUUAUAGUAACAACUCAAAAAGUUUGAGAACAAUAACGCAGUCCUUAUGGAUGAAGGAGAAGCAAAGUAGUAGAUGUUAUUGAAAUAAAAGAAUAAGAUGUGUUAAUAAUAUUCAUUGUGCUUAAAAUUAUUUGAAGGACUUCUUCACACCUAGGCCAAAGAGUAGUUUAUCACAAAAUACUUUGAUAAGAUAUCUGCUUUUGCUAAAGAAAUCUCAACUAGAUACGAUUGCUGCAUGUUCUUACUCAAGUAUUUCGAAACCAAUCCUUUGUUACAGUAAUUCAAAUGGCCUCUUACAUACUUCUUUUUAGAACGCAGUAUGAAUUCCAUCCCUAGUGAUAAGAUUCUGGAAAAAAUAAAUUAAUUCCAAGAUUGCCUUUUGAAAGACAUCAAGAAUCCACCCAUCCAUCUAAUCCAUUUAAUGAACUUAUACAUAAUCAAUCAAAAUUCCUUUACUCCUAUUACUAAGUUCAAGGCUUUUGCAAUCAUUCUGAAAUAUAAAGAUUAAUUAACCAUAUCAGAAUACUUUACACCUUUUGUGCUCAACAUCAAUAUUUGUGGGCAUGCCAAGAAUGCAGGGUAACUUUUGCAGCUCAUCUUCGACAAAGAGAGUCAAGACCAUUAUCAUUUGUUCUUUAACAACAUUUUGAAUCUUGUCCCAGAGGCUCAGAAUUUGAUCUUGAAAACUAUACCAAGUUUACCUGAUAGUUUCGACAUUCACAUUAAGGUCAGAGUGUUGGCUGAGUUUGAUGAAACUAAAGACAGUGCCCUCCCUUUUGUGGAUAAGGAAUUUAAGGUCCUGAACCAACUCCAGAAAUGGGACAUUGUGAGUUUUGUGAAGAAAUUCCCAAGAGAACAUAGUGAAGUCAUGAUUAAUUUAUUGAAUGACGUAAAUGGAUUCCCAGAGAUGAUAAUCUAAGCAGCAUCUAAGUUGGUUGCUGAUUAAUAAUUAUAAGAAGAAUAAUUGGAAUUCUUCCCAUAUUUUGUUAGCAAGUAAAUAAACACUUAUCCUAAAUAAUUAAUUGGAAAAACCAUAGAUUUGUUGAUUCAAUACUCCUCAACCCCAGAAAGACAAUAAUUGGCAGUACUAUGUAGAGAAGCAGGAGUUUAAUUAAUUAAAUGUGUAGGCAAAGAGAACUAGAAUGAUAUUUUGAAUUAAAUCGAAACUCAUCUCCAAUCUAAGAAUACUUGUGCAUCCAUUCGUGCCAUUACAUUUUUGGGUGUUCUGUCUUAAUUUUUAUAAGGACACAACCAACGUAAAACUCAAGAAUAAAUUGUCUAAUUGUUUAGAAACAGUGACAAAGAUUCAUAAUUGGAAUUAGCUCGUUCUUUAUAAGAAUUAUUAAGCUUUUUCCCUGAUACUGAAAACCUCGUAAUCGAGUUAUUGAAAUCUAAUAAACAAGAGAAAGAUGAGAAAGUAAAGAGAGGAAAUGCUUAUAUGAUAGCAGGUCUGAUCAAAGGUUUGGGCGUAGAAAUGAUGGAAAAGUUGGGCAUUUUGGAGUUAUUGGAAGUGAAAGAGAAAAAGGAGAGUGUAGAGGAUAAACUCUAUGUUCUUGUAUAAUUAUAAGCCAUGAUUGAAUUAUUUUAAAAGACCUUAGAACCAUACGUGUUAAAAGUGAUGGGCCUUUUAAUGAAAUAUUUUGGAGAAGGCAGAGUGGAAGUACGUAAUUUAGCUAUGACCAAUGCAAGCAGACUAUUGUAAUCCCUCUCAAGUUACGGUGUUAAGAUUAUGCUUUAACCUUUACUUGAAGGUCUGGAUUCUGAUACUUAAUGGAGAGGCAAAGUAGCCAAUAUUUGGGCAUUAGGACACUUGGCUCAUUGUUCACCAAAAUAAUUAUCAAGUUGUCUUCCCUAGAUUGUCAACUCCAUUUCUAAAGCAAUUUCAGAUACUCAUCCUGAUGUAAAAGCAGAGGCCAAUAAAUCAUUGAAUGAAAUAGGAUCUACUAUAAAAAAUCCUGAGAUCUCAAGCAUUGCAGACAUACUCAUCAUUUCAUUGUCCAAUCCAUAUGAUGAGAAUUUAAGAGGAUUAUAAGUUGUGUUGGAGACCAAGUUCAGACAUUACAUUGAUGCUCCAGCUAUGUCAUUACUGAUUCCCAUUAUCGAUUAUGGUCUCAGAGCACAGGACAGUAAUUAAAGAAGAUAGGCUUCCAUUUUAAUUGGAGGGUUGCCUCAUCUUAUAUAGAAGAGUGAUGAUCUAGUGCCAUAUAUGAAUUUGAUCGUUGGAGGGUUGGAAGUGGUGAUAGGAGAUCCCUUAUUGGAAGUCAGAACAGUUGCAGCCAAAGCAAUAGGUUAGAUAUCAAAGAAGAUUGGAAUUGAAAAUACUAAAACAUUCUUCAAAUUCAUUUGGGAUGUCUUGGAGAAUAAGGAGGCAAGUACAAAUAAGAGAUCAGGUGCAGCUCAUGCAUUUGCUGAGAUUACUUGCAUUCAUGGAGAUAACUAUUUAGAGGAAUAAUUGCAAUUCAUUUUCAGUCAGAUUCAAAGACCAGAAGUAUUUGUUAAGGAAGGAUACAUUGGGAUAUUUAUUUAUAUUCCAAGCAUUUUGUAAUAGAAGUUUGAAAAUUACGUGAAGGAUGUAAUUGAGAAUGUUUAUGAAUGUGUGAGUCAUGAGGAUGAUAUAGUAAGCAGUAUCACAUUGAGAGUGUUGAAGAUUUUAAUUAAGAACUUCGGUAUUUUGUAGAAUGAAUUGUUGUAUCCAUCAUUGACAGAGACUAUGUUAAAUGAGGAUGCCAAGAAACGUAAUGCAGGAACUAUUUUGAGUGGAGAGAUGCUCAAAAUAACAUAGAAGUAUGUGUUCGCUCAAUUAAAUAAUCCAGAGAGUCAACAAUAUAUUAAUAUCGAGCUCUAUUAUUUGAAUUUGAUGACCUUAUAUACAAUGCAAUAAGAUGUAGCAGAUGUUGUCAGAUAAAAUGCAGUUGCCAUUUGGAAGGAAUUCAUAGAUAACACUCCUAAGACUUUGAAGAAAGGAUUGAAACAAUACGUUAUUCAAUUGUGCAAUAUUAUGAGCAGAGAUGGUGUCGUGUAGAAUGGUAUCAACAGCAUUAGAAAUUUCUGUGAAAAGUAUGGUGAGACAUAGAUGAGUGAGGCAUUCAAUCAUAUAGGUUAUGUCUUAUAGAAUUACUAAGAGAAUUUGUCAUUGGUUAAGGGAGCUUAUUCAGUUUUGAAUCAGAUUUACAUUCACAUCUCCUUGGAUAUCGCUACUAGAUAUAGAGAUCAAUUCAUUGAAUACUCAAGAAUUUAUAUCUUCUGCCAAGACAACCUAAUUAAAUCUUAAUUGUUUUAAUCAAUAGGUACAAUGAUCAACAAAGUGAAGUAGACUACCUUUGUGGAAAUGAUCAUCGAACCAUAUUUGAUGGAUUUGUCUAAUAUGAAUGAAACUGAUCCCAAAUAUUCUGGCUAUUUAGAAGUGUUCUCCAGAUUGUGCUAAUUGAAUGAGACUCUAGUGUUGCACUAUUUGAUAGUGUUGAUUCUGGUACCACCACUACAUCAAUUCAAAAUUGAUAUUCUAACUAACAAUGCCUCCACCUUCUCUAGUGUCAUCUAUAAGAAGUAUGAAAACAAAGUACCAAUCCAGAUAUUGUUUAACGAUCUCUAUCUUUGUGCUGAUUUCAAUGCUCAUAAUGAAUGGAAUGAUAGAACUGAAUCUCUCAUCUACUGUAUUCAAUAAUUGAGUAUUCACAUCAAAUCUGAUACUGAAAACUACUUAGCAAUCUUUAUAGAAGACAUUCUUCGAUAAUUAUAAGCCAAAAGCAAACCAAUCUUUGAAUCCGAAGCACACCCUAAUGACUUUAAACAUUGUCUAAUUCCCUUGGAGGUGUUGUAAUACUUCUUAUAAAAUACAUCGGAAGAUCAUCAACAAUUCUCUCAAGCCAUCAUCGAGAAAGUAGCUCCUUUCUUGUAUCUAUAAACAAACAGCCUUUCAUAGCAAUAACUUGUUAAAUUCUACACUCUAGCCAAUAAAAUCAUUUAUGCAAUCAAUAACACAUUAGAUAAGCAACAUCAUUUCGAUAAUAUGCGUAACAUACACACUUGCUUCAUGAACCGUAUCAACAUACAACUAAUACCUGGUCUCAGUAUCUAAGAUGGAGCAGGAAUAGAACCCUACGUUUCCAUGCUCAUUGAUAGUUUUGUGUAUGGCAAAGAGGAAACAUUCAAAUACGCUUAUGACUUCAUGAAGAUCCUCAUCAGAUCAGCUGAUAUUCAGUAACUCCAAAUCUACAUUCUUAAAUUGGCCGGUUCUCUCAUCCGUAUCCUCAAUUACAAGGGCAAUAAUCAAAUGAAGGUCCUUGCAUUACAAUUGCUACACCAAUCUCAAGAGAAAGGACUUGUGCUGAGAUAAUUCAAGCCCUAAUUGGCUGUCACCUAUGAAAAACUCAUAAUUGACAUCAACUUAGUAGAGGGAGGAUUGAAACAACUGUCAAAGAAUUACAGCCAAUUCCUUAAGUUGCAUGACAAAAAGGUAUUAUGAUCAUUCUAUCAAUCCUAGGAUCUACUCUUGAACCAACUCUUUAAUAAGGGUGUCCAAAGUGCCACUUAGGAGGCUAGAGAAUGCCAUUUGAAGAUAGUGAAGAAGGCAAUCAAGGAUCAAUAGGAAUAAGUCUUUUCAUCAGCUGUCUUAGAAAAGUUCUUCACUCUCUCAAAAUAAUAUUUUGAAAAGUGCAUUCAAAGUUAGAAAUUUGAUGCUGCUUCUCCUUGUGAAUUGAAUCGUCUAGGUAUCUAUAUCCAUUAUACUCAAUUAGCUCACAUUCUUGCAUUAACAUACAAUUACACCAAUAAAAACAACAAAGAGUAAUACGUUCAGAAGUACAUUAAAUUUGAUCAAUAUGGGUUGCUUUUGAGAUUGCAAUUCAUCAGAUAUUAAAAUAAGGAUUUAAUACCUGACACAAUAUCAUAUGCUAUCGAAUAAAUCAAUACUAAUGAAAACAUGACUUACGUGCUGCAAUUACUGAGAACCUUAAGAAAGUUCCCCAAUCUUUAAGUCAGACACUAAUUAAAGCCGAAAUUCAUGGAGAUCCCACAGAUUUUAAGUGCGUUAUCAAGAUUACAAUGAUAUAAAAUAUAUUAAAUAACA